AUGAUUGCUAGUUUUGUUCAGUCUGAGGCAGUAUAUGCUGUUCGGAGGAAGCCUCGGAUUCUACUUGCUGCUUGUGGGUGCAGUGAUGCUGCAAAAUUUGGGCUUCUUUGUAAAUAUUUUUCAGUAUGGGCAAAAGUAGGUGUUGUUUUGACACAAUCAUCGUUACAAUUUAUUAAUGCAGAACCAAUGGCCCAUCUAUAUGUUACUUGUGCUGAUUCCUCCAUUGAGUAUCUUGAAUGGGCUGAUGUCAUGGUCAUUGCUCCAUUGUCGGCAAAUACCCUUGCUAAGAUUGCGAAAGGUUUAUCUGACAACCUAGUGACAGAAAUUGUGCGAGGAUGGGACUAUGACAAGGCACUUUAUGUUGCACCAUCGAUGGACCCUAUUAUAUGGAAUGAUCCUUUGACAGCACAACAAUGUAAUAACAUUGAAAAACUUGGCAUUAGUAUCAUCAUUCCACCCUCACCUACAGGAGAAAAUGAGUUUUGUCAAAUGGCUGAACCUUCGGAAAUAUCUUACACUAUAUAUAUUGGCCCCUCCAGCUACACGCGGUUUCAUGGACUUUGA